GCCAUUGAGAAGUUUCAGAUAAAUGAUGAGUUUUUCCGCCGCAGUUAACCCUAACCUAACCCUAGUUUUCGAAGGGGCGGCAACUACUCGAGUUUCGGAAACCAAAUUUCUGACCAUUUCGGCUUGUGAAUUUUAUCACAGAAUUUGGUUCCUGUAAAGGAAUGUGAUAUGAUAGACUGUAGCUUCGUUGCUAAAAAAUAUCAGAAGUUUGUUGCUGUGCACUUCCUUUGGUACUUUUUCUCAAGACGACCCAUAUUGAGCUGUUGUGUAGUUGGUGCACCUGUCAAUUGCCUCGAUCGCUCUUCGAGGAUCGAAAUUUGAUUUCGAGAUCUGACGUCUUUUCGAUUUGUUUACGCGAAUGGCCUAUGGUUUAUGAAAACCUUGGCAAGUUGUCAAUCUCAUUGGAUAUUCAUGCCGUUGUUGAAAUAACUGCAAGGGACAUUCGUUCAACAUGAAUCAAACUGGAGCCUCUUGGAGAGGUAACAGUGACGAUGAAGAUGACUUGGAUGUUCGAGAACCAUGGAUGUGGGGAGGAAAGAAAGCUUACAUUUUUUUAAUCGAUGUCACAGAACGUAUGUUUGAAACAGAUGUUCAAGAUGAGUCUUUCUUUCUAACAGCUAUCCAAGCAUGCAAGACAAUAUUGUUGAAGGACAUAGUAAAUGGAACAAAAAAUCUAUAUGCCAUUGUCCUUUAUGGUACUAAACAAAAGGGCAAGGCUUCACAAGCAAACCACAUCACAACACUUCAAAAUCUAUCUUGUCCCAAUGCUGAUCAAGUUAAGGAUCUCAUGAAUAUUAUUUCAGAUGUUGAUGGGUUUGAAAGAGAGCAUGGUCACUCCAAUGAUUUCUCCCUAGCAGAGGCACUGUGGCACUGUCUAAAAAUUGUUUCUAAUUGCACCACCAAGAUUCAUGAGAAGACUAUUCUAUUAAUGACUUGUAAUGACAAUCCACACGCCUCAGAUCCCAAGUUGCAGCAUGAUACCAGAACCAGAGCUAACGAUCUUCACCAAGUGUUGAUGCAGUUAAAAGUUUUACCCUUUGGUAUAUCUUUCAAUGCAGAUCUUUUCUUCAAGGAGGUUGUCAAGACGAGCCGUGGUGAUGAUGACUUGGACGUAACUGACUUGAUGAUUGUCAAGACUAUCGAUGAUGUUGUGUCUCGUAUAGAAGGAAUGGUUUCUAAACGGAGUUCUUCCAGAGUUCUUUGGACUCUUGGUAAAGAUGUGCAGCUUGGAGUUGCUGCAUACUCAUUUUUUAAAGCCACUGAUCCCUUCCCCAAAAAAAUUAGAAUUACGCGUUCUAAAAACAGUAUUGUUACUUCGCGAGCCCAGGCUUUUAAUUCGACCACUGGAGAAGAGGUCUCUACAGCAGAAGUGUCCAAAGCCAUCCCUAUUGGAGGAAAAAUUGUGACAUUUGAAAAGGAAGAACUGCAGACAAUGAGAUUUAUCUCUCAACCUGGUCUGGUCUUGCUGGGGUUCAAACCAACACAUACAAUUAAAUUAUGGUACCAAAUAAAAUCCUCACUGUUUUUGUAUCCGGAAGAACGCCUUGUGAAAGGGAGCCGCACAUUGUUUGCUGCCUUGCAUGAAAGAUGUCUUGCUAGGAAUGUGACUCCUAUUUGUUUCUUCACUGCAAGGAGAGGCGGAAGACCUAAACUUGUAGCUCUUUGGCCUCAGCAGGAAAAACUAGACAAAAACAAUUCUCAAAUUGUACCACCAGGGUUCAUAUUGCGGUAUCUUCCAUAUGCAGAUAAUGUCAGAGAUCUAAGUGAGCAAGAAGUUAAGUGUCCUGAUCCAGAGCCUGAGCUUGUUACUUUAGCUGAGAAAAUUAUUCAGAAAACCAAGUUUAAGUUCAAUCCCCGGAAUAUUGAUAACCCAAAACUCCAAACACAGUGGGCUGGAAUAGAAGCCCUCGCACUUGGUUAUGAAAACCCUGAACCUGUGGAUGACCUCACUCUUCCUGAUCAUGAUGUUAUGGAUGGCAGAAUGGCUGACUUGGCCACUGCAUUCAUGGAAAUGGCAUUCCCUGAUGGUUUCUCUGAGGAUGUCGUGAGCAAAGCAGCGAAACGAAGUGCUCCUUCAAAGCCUCCAGCUCCCAAGAAAAUUAAACCAGACUUGGAAAACAUGGAUUUGGAAGAUAUGGCCAGGCAAGGAUUGGUGGAAAAGCUCAAAGUGGACCAACUCAAGAGUUAUCUGGGUGAAUGGGGAAUCAAAACAACAAGAAUGAAGAAAGCAGAGCUUGUGGAAGCUGUUUACAACCAUCUGGGUAUUCCUGAUCCUACAAUGUGAUGUGUUUCUAUGAUUGAUGGAGGAAUUCUAAACAACAGUGUAAUUUCAUAACAUUGUUGAAUAAAUUAUGAUUUCUUUUCAAGUUAAUUGA